AUGGACAAGCACCCGCCUGUGAGCAAGGAUGCACUGCGCCAUGUAGGAGAUUACAGGCACCACGUGGAGCGCGCCAAGGACGAGCGGUUGGACCGCCAGGACGGCACCGGGCGUGGGCACGAGGUGGCCAAGAAGGGGGGCGCCGGCAAGGCCAACUGGGGCGUGGAGGGCGACCGUGUCACCGAGGAGAUGCAGGAGGAGGACUUGGAUGUCGGCCCCGAUGCCGUUUCCCCCCGCGAUUUCGUGGAGAACUCGGAUGUGCUGACGCUGGACGAGUAUGAGGCGAAGCGCAAGGCGCAGGUCAAGGCCUGA